AUGCAGACACAAUUAAAUACACUCGACACAACAGAACCCAUCGAUUAUGAUAAUUUAAAGAUAAUUACAAAGCCACGACCACCACGCCGUCGUCAAAGUGGCGCUUCAUUGGUACCAUUUCGACCGUAUGUUAAACGUUUAACUAGUGUACGACAACCAUUCUCCUUUACAAAUGGUUAUGAUCGAUGGAUGUUGAUGGGUCGAGAUGAAAUAUUUUUUACACAAUCAAAUGCUCGGUGUAUCGGCUCAUUGAUUGAGGAUUGUGAUGUAUCAGAUGUUAUCCGAUGGGAUAUCGAAGCAGAAUCAACUCGUUUACCAAUGAUGUGUAAAUUAUGGAUGAUUGUUGAUGGAGCUGUUGCUGAACGAGGAAAGGCACAUUUAGUUCAAGAUGCAGCUGUACAAGUAUUAACACAAGGUCGUAAUCUUCGUGCAUUAUUAUCUCUACAACAACGUUAUAAUUCGACAUCAAUAAAAACAACAUCCGAUCGACGUCGUCGCCAAUCGUGGCAUGAUGUUAAUGAAUAUCACAGUGUACCUUACUAUCAAUAUACUCGUGCUGUUCAAAUGGGAUUUCAACGAUAUAUUCAAUGUAAUAUGGACGAUGAACAUUUUGCAACAAGUCGACAAGAAAUUCUUCCCGAAGUCGAAGAAGAAACAGUUGAUGAAAAUCCAAUUAAAAUUAUUAAAAAAGAAAUAGUUCAUGAAACAGUACAUCAUUCAGUAAUACCACAAUAUCGUGUUCGUAUAUCUAUUAAGACGCAAACACAACCUCAAUCAAUUGAUCGUUCAACAUCAAUUGAUUCACAAUUGAUUCAAAUGGGUAAUCUUAAUUCAGAAAAAAAUGAAAUAAUUUUAUCAUCAAUUGCUAAUCCAUAUCGUCGUGUCGUAUCUUCAAAUUAUUCUUCAGAAAUAAUAUCAAUUUAUCGUCAUGAUAUUGAAUAUAAACAUCGAGCAGUAUCCACUGGUGAUGAUUAUCCUCAUGGAUGGCUUCGACUCAAUACUGAUUUUAUUUUAUCAGACUUUAGUAAAAAUCAGAAUGUGGAGAAGGAGCAGUAUUUACCUCCUCCUUCUCCUCGACACAAUCAAAGUGUACAAACAGAUGUCACCGAGUCAAAGGUAUCAUCAUCAUCAUCAUCAUCAUCAUCAUCAUUGUCGAGAUCAAUACGUAUUCAAAAUUAUUCAUCUUCAGCAACAACAAGUAAUCAUUAUGAACUUAUUGAUGAAAUUGAUGAUGGAAAUAAUGCACAACGAUCUUUACCAUUUGUCAUUACUAAUAAAAAGGUUGAUUCUUAUAAUGAUGUAGAUUAUCGUUUUAACAGUUAUGAUAUAGAAAAAUCCUCUGCUCAUGAUGAUACAAAUAUUAAUAAACAAUCCAUAUCAUCAAAAAAGUCGGAAAAUGAUUAUAAUAUAUUUGUUUCAUCGUUAAAUCAUCAACAGCAACCAUCAUAUUCAACACCUGACCCAAGAAGUAAUCCAUCAAUAUGUCAUUGUUUUUCCAAUGACACUACUCGAACACUGACAAAAAGCUCCGAUAGUACAUCAACAACAUUAUUAGCAAGUUUACUUGAACGCUAUGAAAGAACAUUACGUGAACGACAAAGAGCAUUUGCUAUUGUUAAUGAUGAAUUAUUAGAUAUUGAUGACGUAUUAAAACGUUAUAGACAAAAAGUACAGAAUUUAUCAUCGACACAAACAAAUAUGGCUAUGGAGCUUCGUCGAGAUAUUUCUCUACUGUCGACAAAAUCAAAAGCAGACCAAUCAUCAUCAACAACAACAACAACAACAACAAAUAAUAAUAUAGUAAAAGAUAAAUAUCGAUCAAUGCCUGGAUUAACAAGUGAAGAUAUGAUUAAAGCAUACAAACCAAUACCAAAAGUUCAUAUUACAAAUUCUUCAACAGCUCUAUUAAAAGCACGACAACCUCAUUUUCAAGUUCCAUCAACAAUAAGAGCACGAUCAGAUUAUUGCGAUUUAUGUUUAACAGGUUAUAAUACAAAUUCAGCAUGGAUUAGAUAUAAUGAAAGAAGAAUUGAAGAAUUACAAAAACGAAUUGAUUUAAUGCUACAAAUUGAUGAUAAUGAAGAAACUAAAUUAUUAUUACCAUCAUCAUCUCGUAUUUCAACAACUGCUACAGUUACACAACGCAUCGAUGAUAUUCUUUGGAGCAGAUCAAGACACCCUAGCCGACGUCUCUAUGAUUACUAUCGAUUUAUAUCGCCUCAUCGUUAUCAACAUCGUUUACCACAUCGAUUUAAUCAAUCAUUACAAAAUUCACCUCGUCUACUCAGUCGAAGUACUGCGCGUUCAAUAACACCAGUACGAAAAUCUGUUCGAAUAUCCACUCAAUCAGUUCCACCACACACUGUUCAUCGUCGAUCAAGAUCUGCUUCUCGGCCAAUUGUAUCAAUAUUACGUCCUAGUAGUGUAUUAACUGAACCUAAAUCGAAUAAAUUCGCUGAAUCAUCACACGUUUGGAGAACUGCAGUCGAUGGGAAAAUGUAUGCUCUUCAACAAUUCAGUAUUCCAAGAUAUUAUCGAUUGUACAACGAUGUUAGUUUUAGAGAAAUGUAUCAUUUUUCACGUAUGCUUGAUACAUAUUUGGAUUCAAAUCGGGCAUCGACUAAAGAUUAUUCCUCGUUGGUUAAAAAUUUUGCAUUUGAACAAGAAUUACUGUCUCCAGUAACAAGCAUUGCAUAA